UAUCUCUCCGAUAUUUAGCACGAUGAAGGCGCUUUUGUUCUUGACCGUGGUAGCUGUGGCUAUUAGCCAGCCCAAUUGGGCGGAUCUGAGGUUUGGUGGCAGCGAGUACCACUUCUCCUGGCGCCACGACGGAGACCAGAAGUACCCGUGGGGCGCCGCCAACAGGUACUGCGCCAGCCUGGGGUACGGGUGGCAAGGCGUCAGCAUCGAGAGCUACCUGGAAGACAGGAUCAUCGCCAACAUCAUUGCACAAGACGAAGUGAAGUACAUCUGGACGGGAGGAUACCGCAACGGGUACCAGUGGUAUUGGCCUUCUGGUCUCCCCUUCUACGGCAUCAACUGGUCACACACAGGAGCCAACGGCUACCCUCAGCCCGACAACCGCGAGGACGGCCGCGAGUUCUGCCUGGCGGUCCUCAACAACUUCUACAACGACGGGAUCCGCUGGCAUGACGUCGCCUGCCACCACGAGAAGCCCAUCGUGUGCGAGCGGCGCGUCGGGUUCUACGGCUGAGGCAGCUGGCGACGCCUGGCAACUCUGCGAAAAUCAAAGGGACUUAUCUGCAAAUACUGUAUUGAAAACU